CAAACACACACACACACACACACACACACACACACACACAACCACCCUCUGGUACACACACAGACAUACAAUGUCGGUGUACUAAGUUGUGCCCCCUCCUUGUUUCCUUAGAUGCUCCCACCAUUUACUAUUAUUAUUAUUAGUGCACAAAAAAUAAAUUAAAAGGGAAGGAGAAGAGAUUAUCCAGGAAGAUCGAGCAAGGAGAUGGGGAUAUCCAGCUUACCCACCCCAUCUGAGGCCUUCUUCCCCUUCGUCCUCCUGGCGAAUGCUUUGACCCCUGUCAUAGUGUUAGUGGAUGGCAUGAGAUGGGCUUUUGUGCAUGUCAUGGGCUGCUCUUCUUAUCAAUCCCAAGGAGGAGUACUUGGUGGUGGACAACAAGCUGAUGAUGAUGCACAACAACAUCAUCAACAACAACAACAACAACAACAACAACAACAACAAGAACAACAACAAGAGGGGGAGAUGAAGAAGAGGGAUUUGGUGGGUGUUCAUGUGACCAGGUUCAAUUUGCUGGCUGUGAGGGAGAGGGAUGAGUGCUGUGUGUGUCUCCAUGGGUUUGAGGGGGAGGAGGAGGUGAGUGAGGUGGUGGCAUGCAGGCACUUGUUCCACAGGGGUUGCUUGGAGAGGUGGGUCAGUCACUUGCACUCCACAUGCCCACUCUGUCGAUCCAUGCUCUGAAAUCUUUUUAUUUAAGCUUUUUUGUGUGGUAUUAGGCAUAUAUGGUGUUUGCGUAGGAACACUUUUUUUUUUAUCUCAUUAUUAUAUGGGGGCUUUUUUUUUUCCCUUUUUUUUUUUUCUCUUUUUUCAAUUGGGUAUAUACUAUAGGAGGCUGUUAUCUACAGAGGGUCUGAGUUUCUCUUAUUAUUUUCCCCUCUCCCUUGUACUAGCUGCAUCUAUAAUGUAACUCACAGGUGGUUUUAGUGUGUCAUCAUCAUGGCCUUCUUCCACCGAUUAUAAAUUUAGGAUUGUAUUUAGAAAAGGGCUUUUUUU